CACACACACACACACACACACAGAUUGUCACUUCACUACUAACACACAAACAAGUGUAUACUACAUUUAGCACAUACAUUAUAGACACACAUGCUGAGCCUUUACUUUAGUCUCUCUCUCAUACACUUUUCCUCUCACAGCACCUCAGUGCUAUUAAUACCACUCUCAUAAAAGUUUCUGUGUUAUCAAGCCUCCAGCCGCAUACUUUCCAUAAGGACCAGUUCUCCUUCAUCUCUCUCCUUCCCUUACUCUCCACACAGACCUCUGUUUUUCAGGCUGUCUCUCUCCCUUUCUCUCAUGUACUCUGUGCUUCUGCCACCUCUCUCUUUUAGUAUCUCUUUCUCUCUCUCUCUCUCUCUCUCUCUCUCUCUCUCUCUCUCUCUCUCGUCUGUGUCUCUCUCUCUCGUCUGUGUGUCUCUCGUCUGUGUCUCUCUCUCUCGUCUGUUUCUCUCUGUAGUGAAGCUCUCGGGCGUAUUUAUACCCAGAAUGACCUGUGUUUUCCACGACUGACGCUCAGCAGGCCAGAGUCAAGUGCCUCGAUAAGCUGAUUCAGUGUGUGUGUGGUUUUAUUGUGUCAGAGUCAUGGGCCCAGUUUCUGAUUUGCACAUAUUUUCCAUUCACAACUAAGCAACAGAUUUGUCAUAUGUUUUGUGUGUGUGUGAGUGAGAGAGAGAACAAGAGAAGAGUGAAGAGAUUAAUACUUCAGUCUGCUAAGGAUUGAUUUCGUUAUUUUCCAGUCCUCUGUCUCUCUCUCUCUCUCUCACUGCCUCUCUAAUUAGUCAGCAAAGGAGAGAGGGAGGGACCAUGUCUGAGUGAAGGAGGGAGGGAGGGAAGAAAGGAAGGACACACCCCCUGUGUCAGUGGGUUGGCUGGGAGUGAAUGAACCAUGGAACGAAGGAAGAAAAGAGAGAGAGGGAGGGACUGUGGUGUACGUCAGUAGUUGUGACUCUCAUAUAAGUGGCUGCAGAGGCAGAGAGAGCUAGAGACCAGACAGACCGAAAGAAGGCUGUAUUAUAUGAGACUUUUACAAAUGCAGGAAUGUUCUAUAGCCUAGACGGAGGACUGUUUUCAGCUGUCGUGUAGCUGCCUGUCUCUGUCCUACAGACCUCACUGCCAAGGGUGGAACCUGAGAGCUAACUCUGGAUCUGGGCUAGCUGCUCAGUAGCUAACUGGUUCCGGCUUGGACGUCACUGGACAUUUUUUGGGGGCUCUUCAUUUGGCCAGGACUGCAGGCUUUUGCAGCUCUCUUAGUGGGGUGUGGACUGUACAAACAGAGAGAGAUAGAGAAGAGAAAAGGGGAAUUUGAAGAGAGGAAUAGAAGAGGAGGAAGUAAGGGAAACGGGAAAAAUAUAUAUAUUUUUUUGUGGGAACGAGAUCUCCCUCAACCCUCACGCUGGGGAAGGCGGCGCAACCCCCCCACACCUGUCAUCUUCAUCCCGGCCCCUCACAAACUUUGACCUCCCGCAUUAUCAGGUGGAAAGGCCUCUGCCUCCCUGCCCUUCCCAUCAUGCAUCUCAAGACCACCAAGUGUAAUGCCUUCUGCCUUGUUGCCUCGGUGACCAACCAGGAAGUGUUUGACAGGCCUGAGUCCCGGACCAGUUUUGAGUCUCUGUUCCGCUCCUUCGACCCGGACGUAAACUUCCAGUUCUUUAAGAGUUUCCGGCGUGUGAGAAUCAACUUCAGCGAUGCGCUGGCGGCCGCUGAGGCACGGCUCCGACUGCACAAGAGCGACUUCAACGGCAAAGAGAUGCGCCUCUACUUCGCACAGUCUGUCCUCAUAGGCAGUCCCCGCCUGGAGCCCCCUAAACCAGACAAACAGUUCCUGAUCUCCCCCCCAGCCUCGCCACCGGUGGGGUGGCAGCAGGCCCCGGACGCCGUGCCCGUCAUCAACUACGACCUUCUCUGUGCCAUCUCCAAACUAGGGCCAGGUGAGAAGUACGAGCUGCACACCGGCACCCCCACCACCCCCAGCGUAGUGGUCCACGUGUGUGAGAACGAGCAGGACAGCUCGGGAGGCGAAGACGACACAGAAGGAAGCACCAGCAGCAGCAACCGCCCCCCUCGCCCCAAAAUCAUCCAGACACGGCGUCCAGACAUCACCCCCGGCGUCAUGCAGUGAGCGGCAGAGAGAGGGGGCGCUCUAACAUCCACAAAGCAUGUCUCCCACAUCUGCCUCUCAGAAGUCAAUGACAACCUGGCCCUGGGAGGAUGCUGUUGGGACAUGUAAUACAUCCUCUCUAACACUAGGGGGAGUCGCCUCUCAAAGCCCUGCCUUUUCAUGGAGAGAGAGAGAGAAAGGAAAAGAGAGCGAGAGACAUUCAUCUCUUAUCAUUUCACAUUUAAUUUCUCUUUCGUCCUCCAUUUGGAACAAUAUUAGACACUUGAGAAAAAGAGAAGUAGAUAGAGAAUAAAGAGCAAGUGAUGUUUUGAAUAUUUUUGCUGUAAAAAAAAUGUUUUACUUCCUCAUUUGCUUUGGAAUCGUUGUAUAUGUUCGUGGUCAGGCAUGGUAGUGUGAGAGAGAGAUGUUGUAGUCUUCUCUAGAGAGACACCGGGGGAUCAACUUUAUUUGGGUUCAUUGUGACGUGUAAUUCAGGACCCCGUAACAAACCCUGUCUAUAGACUCAUGUCAUACUGUGUACUGGAUCCAUCAUUUUCUUGUCUAUAAGAUGUGUGCACAUGCUGCAGUGGAGGCCGGCUCGUAAUAAUGGCUGAAACGGCGCAAAUGGAAUGGCGUCAAACUAUUGAUGUAUUUGAUAUCAUUCCACCUAUUGCGCUCCAGUCAUUACCACGAGCCCGUCCUCCCCAAUUAAGGUGCCGCCAACCUCCUGUGGAAUGCUGCCAUCACGAGCUCAGCGAUUUACAAUGUUUCACUCAUCGAGGAGUACAAAUGACAUUCUAUUUGAUUACAUCACAAUAGACCUAAUUAUUCAUGAAUAUUCUAAUUCCUAAUGGACUUUACUCCAGGCCUAACAUUUGUAAACAGAACACUUCAGAGUAACUUUCUUGGAAUUCACUCGACAGUUUCAUUUGCUAUGAAAGGGACUUAUUGUUCAAUAAUGUCUCCAAUAAUGACUCAUCUGCUUCCAUAGUAUUGAGAUAUGUUACUGUAUGUUAAUACAAACUCGCCUCCUAGUUCAUCCUCCUUUGAUUGACAGAACUGGCUGCCAUAUCACGCUGAUCACACGGGGCAGGGAUGACCGCCUGCAUGGGUCUUCAUAGCUUACUGUACAUUUUUGCUGCACAUCUUCCUGGCCAGUAUGGCUUGUCUCACUUGACUUACACCGCUAUUUUGGGGCCGACUGGGGGUCAUUAGGGCUCUGAACUGCAGUUACUGUGGGAGGGUUGGUUGUGUGCGCUGCUGUCAGAGGGGGGGUUCAUAGGUUGUAGUGGGAGGCUUGUGUAGAUGCACUGUGAAAUGUUUAAUGCAUGCGCCAUCUCAGCACAUCUGGAAUGAAGUUAUCCACCCCAGCGUUUUGGAGUUGCAUUAGUCAUUUAGCUACUUUUGUACUCUGAACUAUUGAGAUUCAUUAUUAUACUUUGAAUAAUAAUCUAGUAAGUUAUCAUGUAAUAAAGACUUCACCGCUAAA